AUGAGUGAUGGAUUUUGCAGUACUCAUUUGCAGAUCAUGGUUAGGACCAAAGGAUUAGGUCGUGCCUUAGGUCAGGUAACUGGCAGAGGUGUGGGCAGAGGAGAUCAUGAUGAUUCCGAUAAUGCUCCACAACAUCAACGACCUACUGCAUCCGCACGGAGGCAGCGAGGCGCUGUGACUAUGGAUCACGUCGAUGAGCCAGUCAUCCUUGACCCAGAUAUUCAGGAUGACCCGAUGGAGGCACCAGCUGCUGUGGAGGACAUUCCUGCGGACGUAGGCGCAGAGGCAGCUGAGGAUCAGCAUCAGGGAUUUCCGGGUGGUCCAAGCGACCCAUCCGUGUUGACAGCGUAUGCGGAUCACGUUGCUUGUAGCGUAUGGAUGGGAGAGGAGCGUCCUGAAUUGAAGCUAUCCUCUCAUGGGAGGAAGGUCCACAGUUUAGGCAGGCCUGUCCCUGUCAUUGAGGGACUUAUUGUUGGUACAGGACUAAGUCCUCUGAUCGCGUGUUCGGUAGACACCGGCGAUCGGGGACUUUUGUCCGUGUUUGUGGAGCGGUGGCACCGGGAGACGUCUAGUUUCCAUCUCCCAGUGGGAGAGCUCACCAUCACAUUGGACGAAGUCUCCUCUCUUCUCCAUCUUCUCGUUAUUGGUGACUUACAUGCAUUUCAGCCCUUGCACGUGGACAAUGCGGUUCAGAUGCUGGUGGACUUGUUGAUGGUCUCUCCAGAGUCUGCUAGGGCUGAGACAGUCCAGUGUCGUGAACCGUACGUACGCCUACAAUGGGUACGUGAUAUAUAUCAGCGCCGAUGCCAGGCAGGUCAUUGGACAGUUGCGGCUUGCACAUAUCUUCUUCACCUACUGGGUUGCACUCUGUUUGCUAACAAGAGUGCAACCAAUGUCCAUGUUGUCUACUUGGAGGCCCUUCGUGACCUCAAUAUGACAGAGAGGUACGCCUGGGGAGAUGGCUGCUUUGGUUCAUAUGUACGACCAGCUGAACGAUGCAUCUAUGAGCCACAGUCGAUAGCUUGGCGGUUACAUCACUCUGUUGCAGGUAACAAAUAUUGCUGGAUUUACGAGCACUUUCCCUCGGUUGUGGAGUCCACCGCUAAUCAGGACUACGGUGAGGCUUCUCCGCGUGCGUGCAGGAUUCUGGAUGUCUGUUGGAUCCCUUUUGGGGAGCAUCGGGAGGUCCGGGACUUCCACGUCAGAUCAUGCUAUUCUGGUCUCUUGCGCUGGGGGCCUGUUGCUGUUUAUUAUCGUCCGGAGAGGGUCGUGCGGCAGUUUGGCUACACGCAGACCAUUCCUGCUCCUCCUGUCAAUUCAUGGGUCUCGUAUGAUGAUAUACACGACAGGUGGAUGCACUACAAGGAUCAUAUCGUACCAGCAGGUGAGGCGUGCAUUGUGCCAGGGGUGUGUUCCAGUGACUACAUCGACUGGUUCUUCCGCAUCUCCUAUCCUUUCAUGACACCAGGUCACGCAUUAGAUCCUCUGCCUCAUGGUCAUGCCCCGCAGCCCCGAGUUGUCCCUGAGGCCCCGCAGACGGAUAUCCCUCACGUGCCGGAGCCAGGAGCAUUGUCGACAUCUGCGGAGGAUCCCAAACAUGCAGUGGGGUGA